AUGUCUUCAUCCGUGAGCGGGACAGAGGAGGUGCGCGUUUCGGCGUUGACGCCCCUGAAGUUGGUGGGGCUGCUUUGCGUCUUCCUCGCGCUGUGCUUGGACGUGGGCGCCGUGCUCAGCCCGGCUUGGGUCACGGCGGACGACCAGUUCUACCUGUCCUUGUGGGAGUCCUGCUGGAAGCCAGUCAGCUCGGCGGAGUGGUCCUGCAACAGCACACUUGCCACCGACUGGCAGAUCGCCACGCUGGCCUUGCUGCUGGGAGGGGCCGUGCUCACCCUGCUCUCCCUUGUCGUGGCGCUAAUGUCCCUGUGCUGCAGUUCCAGGAGUCGAUGCUACAAGCCUGUUGCCAUCAUGCUUUUCUCCGCAGUGGUGCUCCAGACUUGCAGCCUGGUCUUGUUCCCCAUCAAAUUCAUCGAGGCAGUCACUUUGAGGGUGUACCACGAGUUCAACUGGGGCUACGGCCUGGGAUGGGGAUCUACCAUCUUUUCCUUUGGAGGGGCCAUCCUCUAUUGCCUCAAUUCCAAGAACUAUGAAGACUACUAUUAG